UCGUCUUCAGUGCAGGAGAUCGGAGAGGACAAGCAGAGGAGACAACCAGAAGAGGGAGAAACAGGGGAGGAGAGAGAGAGAGAAGACGGCAAUGGCGGAGCACUGCACGGGGUAUCUUGUGAUCUGGACCGUCCUUCUCGUGGCCGGACUCAUCGCUGCAGUGGACGCGGGCGGCGAGCUCCACCAAUACCAGCUGGGGUGGAUACCGUCCAGAUCCGGCUGCCGCGGCACAGUCGGCGAGUGCCUCGCGGACGACGAGUUCGAGCUGGAUUCGGAGACCAGCCGGCGCAUCCUAGCCACCACUCAGUACAUCAGCUACGGUGCGCUGCAGAGGAACAGAGUGCCCUGCUCCCGGCGCGGCGCGUCCUACUACAAUUGCCGGACCGGAGCUCAGGCCAAUCCGUACACUCGCGGUUGCAGCGCCAUCACGCGCUGCAGAAGUUAGUUAGUUUGUUCUCUUUCUGUUUUAAUUUUUAAUUUUAAUUUGUGAUUUCUGAAAUGGGUUGAUCGUUACACGAAGUGGUUUGAUUUGAGGGGAGGGGUUUUUGUGGUAUGGUGGAGAAACUGUUGUCAUAAUUAGCAGAUUUGGUUGUCUCUGUAAAAGAUCAUCGUUGUUGUUAUUAUAACUAUUAUUCUUUGCUGAAAUUAAUUAAUCUGAUUUUCAUC